AUGUAUACUACAUCACGCAUAUUGUUUUCAUGGCUUCUCUUUGCCUUCACAACAAUCCCUUUGUUCUCUGCACAGAAUAACUCUUUCGAUCCGGUGCUUGAUACUGCCGGUAAGGAGGUCCUGAGAGGUGCUGAAUAUUACAUAUUGCCUGCUAUCCGUGGCAAUGGCGGUGGAUUCAUACUAGCUAGUGGUAGAAACCAGACCUGCCCACUUAAUAUUGUGCAAGACCCGAACGAGACCAACGACGGCCUCCCCCUUUUGUUUUCCCCAGUGACCAACGACAGUGUGGUCCGAGUAACCACUGACCUCAACAUCAAAUUCUCGAUUGAUCAAGAGUGUAACCAAUCUACAGUGUGGAGGUUUGAGGCCAAUGGGCAAGAGCCAGGGCCAUAUUUCGUGACACUUGGUGGAGUUGAAGGAAACCCUGGUCGUGAAACCAUAACCAACUGGUUUGCAAUUGAGAAAUUUGAAGAUGCCUACAAAAUUCAAUACUGUCCAAAUGUGUGUGAUACUUGUAGGGUUAUCUGUGGGGACAUUGGUGUUGUUGUUGACGAUGGAAGAAGACGUUUGGCUCUGAUUGAUCAACCAUUCAAGGUCAUCUUUAAGAAGGCCUAG